AUGUCUACACAGCUUACUCCGAUUAUGGAAAUCAAUCAGGCAACUCACAACCGGUGGACAACCCUUGUACAAAUCUUAGAAUGUCAGCACGUUUUGCAAACUAAAAAAGGGUCUUCUUACAAACGACUGAUGUUAACAGAUUCUGAAGGCUUAAAGUUCACAGCAAUUAUUUACAGUGAGAAUUUACAUUACUAUGCAAGAACAUUCACACAAUACAAGAGGUAUCGCAUCUCAAAUGCGUUUGUCAUCCCAUGUGAUCCAAGAUAUGCAGUUAGCUUAUAUGAAUUUUCAUGGGUGCUCAAUAAGCGAACGCUUGUACAAGAACAUCCUGAUCGCAAUCCGGUGAAUUUACCUUGUACUUUUGAAUUCACUCCAUUUACGAGGCUCCAUGAACAUGCUGAAUCAGACCAUCUUCAAAAUGUCAGAGGCAUCGUUGUGCGAUGUUUGCCCAGUUAUGAAGAAGGUUCUGACCUUGUCAGUCGGAGAGAUGUGAUUAUCAUCAACGAAGAAAAACUGCCUUUGGUGAUCACUCUGUGGAACCAAUUCGAUGAACAUGAGGGUAAUAUGUUGCAGUCAAUGCAAGGCCCACCCCCUUUGUUCUUUGGACUGAGGCUGAAAGUCACAACUUUUAACUCCAUCUCUUUAACAACGAAGCCAAAUUCAGGUUUGCUUAUCAAUCCACCGGUUAGUGACAACUUGCAAUUACGCACCUGGUACAAUAACAACCGCAAGGAAAUAAAUGACUUGCUAUCAGUCACAAACUACCGAAGAAACUAUUUCCUUCUACCAUAUCCAGCUGAAACAAACAUAUCUUCUAUUCUUUCUGCAACUUCACGUUUCGACACUAUGAAAACUGCUUGGGUGAAAGGCACCCUGAGUCUUCCUGAACAAGAACGUAACUUAUCAUACACUGCCUGUUCCAAUUGCUUCAAGUCUAUAGAAGCCGACACAACUUGGAUUGUUACCUGUCCUUCUUGUCACAUCGAAUCAGAAAUUCAACAGAUGUCAAGGUUAACUGUUUUGAUUGCCGAUGAAAGUGGAGUGAUGAAAGCAAAUUUACACACACCUGAAGUUGAAAAGUUUAUACCUUUCUCUCCAAAAGAUGUGCAAAUCAGUGAAGAAACUGGUGAGACUCUAUGCAAUUCCAUUGCCAUUGCAAUCAACUCUGUUUAUAUUGUUGCUUUCGUUCGUGCAUACGAAGUGCAUUUUCAAGGAACAACAGACAUCAAAGUGAAUAUUGUUAAAGCUUACAAAGUAAAUGAUCCUGCUGCUGUGUCAAAUGAGUCUGAUAACAUGGUCCAUAGAUCAAACAUCGGUGAAGGCACAUCAACAACCAAAAAUGUGUCUUCUGUUGCAGCCACAGUUCCUUUGCCAUCGGCUGCUGAAAUUGAAAAACCUGUUGAAGUUAAGAAUUCAAAGCAAGUUCCUGUCACAUGCUUGCUUCCAAAGAAUAAGCCAGAACCAAUUCUAAUGACAAAACAUCUUCUUCCAGAAAUUCCAAGUUCCAGCUCCUCUCCAUUUGAACAAAAAGUUUCUGAAUCAGUCCCACCUUUAGCACUUCCUGUGAAAGAAGAUGUUCCUCGGGCAAGCAAUCCAAGGCCCUCUAAAAAAACAAAGUAA